GUAAUCUGGACAAUGCGCUGAGGACAGUGGGGCUCGUGCUCACUGCUGAGGGGCAUGAGGAGCUGCUGAAAACGGCCAAUUCACGCUGAUGGAAAAAUAUAUAAGAAUAGAUUGCUAAAAGGUGUGAAAGCCCUCAAAGGACCAAGGGUCAAAAUCAAAAAACUGGACUCCUUUGUGGAAAACAUGGGAAUUAGACUCAAGGAUGAGGAAUUUGAGGAACUAAUGACCCAACUGUCAGCUGAUGGUGAUAAUACAGUUGGUCUGAAUGAUUUGAUGGAUGCUGUCAGUUAUAUCAAGGGAGAGGUGAUUGAUAUCCAGGACUUAGACAACUUUCUAGCAAAUGAGGGGGUUGAGCUCACAGAAGAAGAAAUGAAACUAAUGCCUCAUUUGACAUUCAAUGACAGAGUUACUGGCCACAUGGCAGUUUCUGAUAUUAAAGCAAAACUUAAACUGAAUCCUUCAACAAAAAUACCCAACUUCCAUGGCAAGAGGGAUAAAGAUUUACCAGGACCGCUGCCAAGCCAAUUACAGCACAAAGAAAGGAAGUUGAGCCCUUCACAAAUGCGAGCCUUCCAAGAUGCCUACAACUUCUUUAACAAGGAUAAAACUGGCUGUAUUGAUUUACAUGGAAUGAUGCGCACUUUAGCUAAAUUGGGAGUGAAUCUAACCAAGCAUGAUGUCUGUAAUGAACUAAGAUGUGCUGAUAUUGAUCGAGAUGGGAAGGUGAAUUUCUCAGACUUUAUAAAGGUGCUAACAGAUAACAACCGCUUCCUGAAGGCUGUGGUUCCAGAAACGGAGAGCUGUUUAGAUUUAGCUGGCAACCCAGGGAUCCUAUUGUUUGAAAUCCUAUCAAAGCUUGUAGAGACUUCAGCCUUACCCAGAAAGGCUCUAAUGGAAAUAGUAAGCUAUUUCCAAAGAAAAUUCCAGGAAACCACCUCGGAAAUGGUGUGGAGCCCUUAUGCUACAGGUUAUGGAAAAAGGAGAUUUAAGCCAGACAUAUGCACACCUCCAAGCUCAAGCACAGCCGCCUUUGCUAAUGCUGCCCGGAUUGCAAUAACGAAAGAAAAGGAUUUAUUUAAAUUUCUUGAAGAGCUCAAGAGAUGCAAUCGUCCUUCAGAUAGCCCAUAUUCAAAAAUACCCGUCUUUCCACUGUUUCCUAAUGUGGAUGGGGUGGUGAUGGGAAAGCCAUUCAAAGACAUACAGAAAUUAGAAAUGCUAAGGAGAACGGAGCCUCUGAAUUUCUUUGAGAACUAUUUUUUCCAUAAAAAAGACUGGAAAACACAGGCAGCAAAUACAAAGUCUAUCGACCGUGCCUCAGGCUACCCAACUGACAUCCUCGCCAUCGACCAAAUACUCAAGAAAAAGCAGAAUUGGACAGUGGCUGAUGCAGCUGCUAUUAAACAGCAUGUAAAGAGAGCUACAGAUACCUAUAACUUGGGAAUUGCCCUUGAGCACCGGGAACAAAUGCUAAACCUCUGGCGGAAGAUCCGAGGGGAUUUGAUUGGGAUAGACAGUAAAAAUGAGUCCUUUUAUGACACCUUUUCUACUUAUACAUGGUCCUGGAAUGUCUGCCAAGAAUUACUUUCCCCAAAGGACUUAAGGUUAUAUGAUGCCUAUGUGAAUAGAAAUUCCUUCCACAACUCUGCAUUCUCUUCCUCUUCGGAUAUUAGUGAGUGUGCCACAGGAAGAAGAAGAAAAUGGAAAGGCUUCAAAGGGUUUCGACAAUGAAAUUUCUACAUUUUCUAAACAGCUCAUUGCAAACUACUUUUUCAUAGAUAUCAAAAUUAUUCUUGCUUUUGUCUAAUACAUUCUUAGCAGCUGGAAAUGUUGACAUCUUUGGAAUUCUGACCAGUAAAAAAGUUUAAGUCAU